UGUAUCCUUUCAUCCCAUAGAAGAAGAAGGUUGAGGUUCAAUUCCAACCUUCAUUUUUUCGCUUCUCAUUUUCCGCUUCUCAUUGCUUCCUUCGACUUCGAAAGAGUAUAAUGAAGAAGACAAGUCGCCGAUCUAAGCAAACGAGUCCAACCUCAUCUUCGGAGCCGAACGAAAAGCAAAUCUACGAGGAGAGGAUUCGCAGCCUCGAAACAGAAAAUAAAGCAUAUCAGAUUGAGAUUGCUGAACUAAGGCAACAACAACUGGGGAGUGAUUCGUCGGCUUCGAAGAAUGGAGUUGAAAAGCUUAAGAAGGAGUAUCUUCAGAAGCUGAACUUGCUAGAAGAUCAGGUUUCUGGAUUGAAGAUGAAACUGGGUACUCGGUCCCAGUUUUCAACUCAUAGGAAAAAGGUCGAUGAAUCAACUAAGCAGUUGCAAUUUGAGAUUCAAGGUUUGAAGGCUCAAAAGGUUCAACUGCAAUGUAAGAUCAAAUUAGAGUCUGUGCAAUUUAGAUUAUGCAAGGCUCUACUUGAAAAAGAGAUUCUUCAGCUUAAGAAAGAAGGAAGGAGAAACGAAAUCAAGACCCAAAGUUUGCUGGAUUCAAAUGAGAGGCUUAAAAUGGUAUUACAGCGGAAGACAGAGGAAGCUUUUGCUGCUACUAAAAUUUUAAAAGACGUGAUAGCAACUCGAAAAGCUAUUUCACACAAAUCAACUGGUGCUAGAAGUAGAAAUGGUCAACUUAUUCAGGAUGCCGAAGAAGAACUUGAUGUCACAAAUAAGUUACACAAGUUAUGUUCACAAUAUGAAUCCAAAGUGGAAAAGAUGGCUGGAGAAAUUGUACAGCUGAAGGAAGAAAUUGAGAUGCUUAGGCAGGAAAAACUCGGGCUUGAGUUACAGGAGGAAGAGUGUGACAGCCUGGAUAAAGUUCAUGACAUCCAAGAUCUGAAAGAGCAAAUGAACAGCCUUGAUUGUCUACUUAGAGAAUUACAAUCGCGGAAGGAAAAGAUUGAUGUCAAGGAUAAGAAGCAGGGGGAUCUGGUUCUGUCUCAUCUCUCUGAAGAGACUAAUGACAAGAUAAAAAUGGGUACACCUGAAAUGAGCAGUGCAAGUGAAAAUAGUGUUAAGACGGACAGAACAGCAGGAGGGCUCUGUUGCUCAUGCAGUAAGAAGUCUUUGUGCAAGACUAGCAAAUGUAAAUGCCGAUCUAGCGGUGGGAGCUGUGGAGCAUCGUGUGGCUGCACACGUUUUAAGUGCACAAAUAGGGAAUCAAACCAAUUAGCAGGAAACGAACCACUAAAAUCAAAUAACACAGAAUGUUCUGUGGACGAAGAUGGAAGUGUGAUUGCUUCUGAAUGUGCUAAACUACUCCAAAGUGCACUUGUUCAGAAACCAGCUAGUUGCCAGGACAACCCGGUGCCCAUAAAGAAGCCAUUACGUGACAUUCAGAACUCCAUGGUGAGAUUGGAUGAUCAAAAGCAAGGAAAGAAAAAGAGAGGGGGAAAACCAGUAAUUCAGCUAGUCACCAAGGACCCAGUGUUUUCCCCUCCAGAACAUAGUAGCAGUACUGAAACAUACAAAAUUGAAACGCAGGAAAAUGGUCCAACUAGGUUUGACAAGAUGGCAAAACCAGAUACAGAGAAUAAUUCUGGCCAGUCAAAUGAAAUGGCCGUAUCCAUUACUGAUGCACCUGGAUUUCGUCGUUUAAGAAAUCCCACCCGAUAAGCAAAAUUUGUCGUUGGGAAAGAAAACUUUUAGCAGCUGCAAACAUGCCAAUGCUGAAUUGACGAGUGCGGUUAGGUUGUUAAUUUCCUUAUUAACUCCAUAAUAACGUGGUUUCGUUAGAGAUCUCAUGGAAAUUAAAAGGAGUGGUGUCAUAUAGCUCGUAUUUUUAAGGUUUUCCUUACAUUCAUUGUUUGCUUUUCUAUUAUUGUAUGAAACCGCGAGUGUAAUGACCAAAUUCCUUUUGACAGGAGUGUCGGAGGCACCUAAUUUGGUUUACUAACCAGGUGCUCCCUGAUUUCUUGAUUAACUUGUAUCACAUUUUUUUAUAGGCAUUUUACAUUUUGAUUUGGUUCAUUA